CAGCUCUGAAAGCGAGUAAAGAGGGAUAUAUCGCGGUAGCAUCUAACUACCAGAUCACUUUAGUUAAUGGCGAGAAAGUAGUGAAAACGACAGAAGGACACAACAUGCCUAUAAGAUUGCUAGAAUUCACCCCAGGUAGUAAACAACUAGUCAGUACAGGUGAUGAUAAACAGCUCAACUUGUGGGAUAUCCAAGAAGACAAACUGAAGUUGAAGGAUACGAUUUUACUCAGUAAACGCGCCAACUCACUCAAGUUGCUCGACGAGCAUACAAUUCUCGUUGGUGACAAGUUCGGUGAUAUAUUCGCCUACAAACUGAACAGAACUGAAGAGGAUAAGGAGAAAGACAAAGAGGUUAAGAACAAAGAUAAAGAACCAUUACUUGGGCACGUCUCAAUGGUUAACGACUUCACCGUUACACCUUCACAUAUCAUCUCCGCAGAUAGAGACGCUCAUAUACGCGUAUCUAGAAACCCAUUAGGAUACGUUAUCGAUAACUUCUGUUUAGGACACUCUAAGUUUGUCACUGCUAUUGGUUUAUUAAACGAAGACAUUCUUUUGUCCGGUGGUGGUGACGACUUUAUCAUACUCUGGGAUUGGAAGAACGGCAAAGAAAUCAAGAGAUUCGACAUUAGAGAAGCUGUUUUGUCACACGCUUCUGUCAGAGCUAUUAGAAUUAAUGAUAAGAUGCUCAAGAGUGAUAAUAUUCCAGCUGAUUAUGGUGAGCAUAUCAUCUGCAUUGAUCGUAUUCUCGUUGGUAGUGGUGAAGACCCACUUGUUGCCUUCACUUCAUGCGGUGCUACAGGUGUAUUCUACGCUAGACGAUCAUCUUUCCUCGAUGCAGACAAGGAGUUCAAUAUCCAAGCAGUCGAUUUACAACAUCCAAUCAUCGACCUUGCCGAAGUUAGCGGAAAGUAUGUUGCAACCCUCGAUACCUCAAGAGGUGCAAAUGACGCUGUAGCAGUUUUAACACUUAACUCUGACGGGGAGGUGAGUAAAAAUAGCUCGAAUGAUUCAGACUAAGAGAGAUUAGUUGCAAAGUAGCCAAGAUGAUGGACUCGUCAACACAUUAAACAGCUUGACUGUAGAAGGUGAUACUCGAUUCAACUAAUAGUCCAUUGACUAACAAAGCUCCAAUAGGUUCAGAGAAGUAUGUCAAGCAACUCGAUUUAUACUCCCAACUGGCCCUCCAACCAAAAGUAGAAGGCGAGGAUGAUCUUAAUGAGAAGGCAGAACAUCC